ACACACCGUAUUCGAAAAAUGAUGACCUAGCAGCAAUUGUCGUGGAAACAUGGGUGCGAACGCGCCGGACGAGUCCGUGACUUGUCGGGCAUCUUGCUUGGUAAAGCCAAGAGCCGAGAAUCAAGCUUCGCUGCUUCCGCACCUCGCGUAGCCGUUUGUUCCUCCUUCGCUCCGUCGAGCCCGAGCCCGCGAUCACGUUCACGCCGCUCUAACCAACUGACAACGCGCGCGUUGAUAGCCGUCAACGACACGACAACGAGAACGCGGUCGUUUACGGUCGUUACGCCGUGCACCAGGAAAAUGAGCAGUUCCGAGGAAGUGUCCUGGAUUUCGUGGUUUUGCGGUUUGCGCGGGAAUGAGUUCUUUUGCGAGGUGGAUGAAGAUUAUAUUCAGGACAAAUUUAAUUUAACGGGACUGAAUGAACAAGUACCACAUUAUCGUCAAGCAUUGGAUAUGAUUCUCGAUCUUGAACCUGAUGAUGAUUUGGAUGAUAACCCGAAUCAAUCAGAUUUGGUCGAGCAAGCAGCAGAGAUGCUCUAUGGUCUUAUUCACGCUCGCUACAUACUUACCAAUCGUGGCAUCGCUCAGAUGAUUGAAAAAUAUCAAGCGGGUGAUUUCGGUCAUUGCCCGCGAGUUUACUGUGAAUCCCAACCAAUGUUGCCGUUAGGCCUUAGCGAUGUUCCUGGCGAGGCAAUGGUCAGCUAUUGUCCCAAAUGCAUGGAUGUUUACACGCCCAAGAGUUCGAGACAUCAUCAUACCGAUGGAGCUUACUUUGGAACAGGAUUUCCACACAUGCUGUUUAUGGUUCAUCCCGAAUAUAGACCGAAACGUGCAGCAAAUCAAUUUGUACCUAGAUUAUACGGCUUUAAAAUUCAUCCUCUAGCAUAUCAGAUCCAGCAACAGUCUGCGUCCACGUUCAAAGCACCAUUACGGGCUCUUAACUACAUAAUGGAAAACGUUAAG